AUGGAUGUCCGGAUCAAAUAUCCGUUUAAACACUUCCUGAAAGAAGGAAUUGUUUCGAAGCCUAAGAAAAAAAGAACCGAAGUAAACAAUCAUAGCCCCACAAAUACAUAUGAUACUACAGGGCCAAAGGACGAUGAGAAUGCUUUAAUGAUAUCAAGUGGUGAUCAAAGUCAAACUAAAUACAGAAAACAACCAAGGAUAAUUAAAGGAAGGUCAAUAGUUGACAGACAUCCUAAUUUAAAUAAAAAUUCAAUUGAAAAACACUGUUUCGGAGUACAACCAGGUUUAUCACAAACUGAGAUAACUGCAGAACUAAUUCGAUACUCGCAAAUGGUCAGUAAAAUACAAGAAACUAACCCACAACUUUUCCUACGAAAAUGUCAGUAA